AGCCAUUUUAUAGGGUGAAUAUAAAAAUGGAAAAAAAUAAGGUUAAUGGGAAUUGUUAUUAAAAAACCUAUUUUAACCUUUUUAAUUGAUGUAUUAAAUAUAUAAUAUCUAAUUAGUGGUUGUGGAAUCUAUGAUAACAAUGGUUUAAAAAAUGGUAAGUGGGUUGAUCUAAGUCUUAAUGUUGACAAGUAUAUUAUUUUAAUCAAAUUCAAAGUCUUAUUCAAAUAAUUAAUUGCGGUAAUUAUAAGAAUGGAAAAAUAUAAAAUUUAUGGUUUGAGAUGAGAAGAAAUAAUAUUUAAGAAG